AUGACAACAGUUAUAGAAAAUAUUGAAAAUAUCAAAAAUAUCGAAAAUAUUGAAAAUAUAGAAAAUCAAAAAAAUGAAAUUAAACAAGUAAUAUUUAAAUUUGGAAAUGAUGAGAGUUCUUUUGGAGAUAUUACAUUCAAUGUAACAGUACAUCAAUUAUUGGAACAUUUAAAAUCUGAAAAUAUAACAACCACUUUACCAAUAUGUCCAAAUGAAGCAAUGAUAGCAUUUGAAAGAGAUUAUAAUUUACCAAUGAUAUCAAUAGCAGUUUGUAUGAAAAAUGCAUCGAAAUUUUUAGAUGAAACUUUAUUUUCAGUAAUUAUGCAAACUUAUAAAGGUCCUUUAGAAUUAUCAAUAUUUGAUGAUGCAAGUACUGAUAAUUCUUAUGAUAUUGUUUUAAAUUGGUUACAUGUAUUUAAAUAUUUUAAAAUUGUAAUAAUAUUAAGUAAUAAAAAAUUUGGAACAAAGAUAUUUCAUCAUGAUAUUAAAGAAUAUAUAGAUAUAAUUAAUAAUAAUAAUUAUAAUAAUGAUGAUAAUGAUGAAAAUAAUGAAAAAGUAGUUGAUGAAAAUGGUAUAAUUACAAUUUUAUCAGGUGGUGUUGGAUAUGCAAGAAAUCAAGCAAUUAAAUAUAGUCAUGGUGAAUUUUUAUGUAUUUUAGAUGCAGAUGAUGUUAUGUUUAGAGAAAGAAUUGAAAUUCAAUAUAGAGAAUGUAGUAAUGGUAUUGAAAAAGAAAAUUUAUCAAAAUAUUUAAUUGGUUCAAAUUAUAUUAGAAUUCCAAUUGGUUCAUCAACAAGAUACACUGAUUGGUGUAAUAGAUUAACUGAUAAUGAAUUAUACCUUCAUCAAUUUAGAGAGGUUACAAUAAUUCAACCAACUUGGUUUUAUCAUAGAUCUUUAUUUGAUAAAAAUGGAAAAUAUAUUGAAGCUUUAAAAAUGGAUGAUAUAAUUAAUAAUAAUAAUAAUAAUAAUAAUAAUAAUAAUAAUAAUAAUAAUAAUAAUAAUAAUAAUAAUAAUAAUAAUAAUAAUAAUAAUAAUAAUAAUAAUAAUAAUAAUAAUAAUAAUAAUAAUAAUAAUAAUAAUAAUAAUAAUAAUAAUAAUAAUAAUAAUAAUAAUAAUAAAAAUAAUAAAAAUAAAGAUAAUUUUUAUUUAAUGGGUAAUAAUGAUAAUGUUUGUCAAUAUAAACAUAAGAAUCAAGAUAAACAUAUUGAAAAAUAUAAAGAAUCACAAUUAAAAUUUAUAAAAGAUUUAAAUAAUUCUGGUGCAAAAGCAAUACCAGAGGAUUUAAUAUUUUUUAAUAGACAUUUAGAUAAAGGUGGAAUUUUAAAGAAAGCAAAGAUAGAAUCAUCAAUUAAUAAUGAGAAUGGUGGUGGUGGUGGCGGUAAUGGUGAAAAUAAAAAAUUAAAGAUUGAAAAGUUUGAACCAUUAUUAGUUUAUCGUUAUCAUGAAAAUAAUUUAAGUGGUCAAAUUCAUAAACAUAUGUUAAUGAAAGUUAGAAUUGAAUAUUUAGAACGUAGAGUAUUAUCGAAUUGGAAAGAAUUUACAAUUUGGGGUGCUGGAAAAGAUGGUAAAAAGUUUUUCACACUUUUACCUGAUAGUUGUAAAAAAAAGGUAAUUGCAUUCUGUGAUGUUGAUAAAAAUAAAAUUGGUGUAAAUUAUAAUGCAGCUUAUACUCCUUAUUCAAUUCCAAUCAUUCAUUUCUCAAAUGUUAAAUCACCAUUAAUAAUUUGUGUUGCACUUGAUAGAUCAAAUGGUGAAUUUGAAAAUAAUUUAAAUUCUUUAAAUUUAAUUCAAGGUAAAGAUUAUUGGCAUUUUAAUUAA